AUGGUGAAGAGGCUGCUGAGAUUGUAUGACCAGGAAGGGCUGGGCUUGUUCAGCUGGCGAAAGCUGCACUGCCUCUCGGCGAUGGAGUUUGCCUUGCGCCGGGGCGACCUCCCUAUGGCCGUCCAAUGGGCACGCAAGGCGCACGAGAACGCAAGGUUGGCGCACGGCCCAGAUCACCGGGACACGCGCUGGUGUGCCGAGCUGAUGAAGGACCCCUCCAGUCAUCCUUCGUUUGAAUACCGCAGCCAGAAUGUCAAGAAUUGGGCAGCCUACGCUCUCGCCCUCACGCUUUUCCUGGUUGUCUACACGGUCAUGUACGACUGA